AUGGCGCUGGACGCCGUGGUGUUCUCCCAGCCCCAGCUGGCGGCAGGCCACUUCGGCUACGGCCGCGGAGACUCGCCGUACGCACUGCCGUGGUCGUGCGACCUGCAGCUGCAGGGAGGGGGAGGAGGAGGAGGAGGGGGAGGGGGAGCAGGGUUUGGCGAUCUCUGCGCCGCCGCGGGGGAGUGGGACCACGACCUCGACACCUGGGUCGCGCCCACCGUGGCCGCCGUGGGGGACGACUGGGACUGGGAGGCGCUCUCCCGGGACCAGUCCUCCGAUGCCUCCACGGACCACGGCAGCAGGAAGGCAGCGGCGCCCGAGCGGGCAGCUGCGGCGGCGGCCCCGGGGAGGAGGAAGCGGAGGCGCACCAAGGUCGUCAAGAACAAGGAGGAGAUCGAGAGCCAGCGGAUGACCCACAUUGCCGUCGAGCGCAACCGCCGCCGCCAGAUGAACGAGUACCUCGCCGUGCUCCGCUCCCUCAUGCCGCCGUCCUACGCGCACAGGGGUGACCAAGCAUCCAUCGUCGGUGGCGCAAUCAACUACGUGAGGGAGCUGGAGCAACUGCUCCAAUCGCUGGAGGUCCAAAAGAGCAUCAAGAGCCGGGGGUCAUCAGGCAGCACGGACACCGGCAGCUCCCCGUUCGCCGGCUUCUUCAGCUUCCCACAGUACUCCACCACCACCUCGGGCCACGGCGGCUGCUCAGGCAACACGAGCAACGGAGGGAACUGCAGCGACGCCGCGGCCGCAUCUGCAGGAUCCGCGGAGACCGGCCGGCGGCCCGCGGCUGCGGUCGCGGACAUCGAGGUGACCAUGGUGGAAGGCCACGCCAGCCUCAAGGUGCUCGCGCGCCGGCGGCCCAGGCAGCUCCUGAAGCUCGUCGCGGGGCUGCACCAGCUGCGCAUCCCGCCGCUGCACCUCAACGUGACCACCGUCGACGCCAUGGUCCUCUACACCUUCAGCCUCAAGGUAGAGGAUGACUCCAAGAUGGGCUCUGUUGAAGAUAUAGCCACCGCUGUGCAUGAGAUUCUCAGCAGCAUACAGCAACAGCAGGAGGAGACCGCCGUCAUGUGA